AUGAGGCCUCACAAUCAAUUCAUACAAGACACAAUCUAUCAUUAUUCUCAAAAUGCUAUUGAGCAAAAUAAUUUAACUAUAUAUGAAGACGACCGAGAAAAUGAUGAGAUGAAGGCUAUUUUUGAAAGUGAUGAAAAUUGUACCAAAGAUUCGUGUAGUACAAUAAACAGUAUCUCCGAUGAGGAAUCCGAUGAAUCACCCGAAUUAGAACCAAAGGAAACUAUUAGUGCAAGACUAAAUACAUUGAUAAAUAUUCUCAAAGAUGAUUGCUUUAAAACUGAUAAUAUAAUAAAUGUAAAUAGACCAAUAAAACCAGAUAUUACUAUAAAAGAUGAAAAACCUAAAAUCCCACGCAUGAACUGGGAAAUUUAUCACCGCUUGGAUGUAAUACAUUCAUUUAUGGAUGAUCUAGAAUAUGAUUAUCCUUCGAUUUGUACUACUGGAGUAAUUGGCAAGUCCGUAGAAGGUCGAGAUUUAAAAAUCCUAAAAAUCUCGAAUAGUGACUCCACUAAUAGCAGUGUAUGGAUCGAUGCCGGCAUACAUGCGCGUGAGUGGAUCGCACCCGCUGUAGCUACCUACGUCGCCAACCACAUCGUCAAAAAUUUUAAUGACAUGCCACCUAGCGUCACUAGUAAAGACUGGUACUUCCUUCCAGUAGUUAAUCCUGAUGGAUAUGAAUAUUCCCAUACUGUAGACCGCAUGUGGAGAAAAAGUAGAUCAUGGUAUGGUGGAGAAUGCGUGGGAGUUGAUCUUAAUAGAAACUUCAGCUGUGGUUGGGGUGGUAAAGGCUCCUCUGGAAAUCCAACUAAUGUUUUCUACCGAGGACCUGAACCUUUCUCUGAACCAGAGUCAUCUGCUGUUAGAGCGAUCUACGAUAGCAAUGGCAAUACGUAUAAAGUCGGCAUUUCUAGAGAUGUUAUGUAUGGCGCAUCAGGUACUAGUAACGACUUUAGCUACGGUGUCGCCGGUAUACCAUAUUGCUAUCUAAUUGAACUAAGAACCUUAGUCAUCUGGAAGGAAGAAAGGAGCACAAUGGAUAUCAUGGUAGAGAGGUCGAGGGCAGGCCAAGUGGCAGGCAUGUUGCAUGAAAGAGAAAUACCAUACUCAGUUGCCAUUGCAGAUGUAGGACUGAUGAUAUCAAGAGAACGUGGAGGCACAUCGACUAAGAUUCAAUCGCCAACGUUAACUUCUACAAGGAGUCCUAACUGCAACCACCGUAAACAAUUAAUAGGCGAUGAUGCCACCUUACCCACCGAGAAAUUACAUUUGUUUCAACCCGGUCUCCUACGCAUUUAAUUUGAAGUAUCAGUAUUUAAUAGAGUCAGGCGUUAUUUUGAGGAAGUUCUUUGCUAUAACUGUGAAACUAUAAUAUCUAGCAUCUUGCAUACACUGUCAGUAUCCGCAAGACUUGCUGUGUACCGCCCGCACACAAACUCAUAUGUACAAACGUCAACAAAUCUCGCAAAAUUACCACUCUACACGUGUUUCGCUCGUCCACGGAGCAUCCUCAGCGAGAUUUUUUGCCGUUCGUAAAUGUGACGCAGGCCUUGCGGAUACUGGCUGGGUGUGGAAAUUGCUAGAUAUCAUAGUUUCACGGUUUGAAGUGUCAUUUAAAGUAUAAAUGUAUUUUGUUUUAAACAAUUUUAGUUAUUAAAAAUAUCGAAUGGUAACGACGGCAACGCUGGCGUGUGGCUCGACGGCGCUAUUCAUCCUCGCGAAUGGAUCAGCACAGCAGUAGUAACUUUCAUAGCGAAUAAACUCGUCAGAACCUUCCACCGCCAACCAGAUAGCGUCACUAAUAAGAAUUGGUACAUACUGCCUGUGAUGAAUCCAGACGGAUACGAAUACACGCAUAUACACGACAGGAUGUGGCGGAAGAACCGAGCGAAAUACGGCGAGUGCGUAGGCGUAGACCUUAAUAGAAACUUCAGCUACGGAUGGGGAGAGAAAGGAGAGGAAGGUUCUUCGGAAGACCCUGGCAAUAUUUUCUAUAGAGGUCCCCAGCCAUUCUCUGAACCAGAAACAUUAGCCGUUAAGAAAGCGAUACUAGAGUCUGAGACGACUUUCCAAGCGUUUCUAUCAUUUCAUAGCUACGGUGAAGUGAUCAUCUUCCCUUGGGGGUACACGGGUGACCCCUGCCCAGACUACGUGGAGUUAUUAGAAGGUGGCACAGCCAUAGCUAAGGCUAUACAUGAUACUAGCGGUCGCAUCUACAAAGUGGGCAGUACCAAGGAUCUGAUGUAUUACUCAGCGGGCACUAGCGUCGAUUGGAGCUAUGGUGUCGCCAACAUACCAUAUUCUUACAUGAUAGAACUAAGAGCGAAGCAACAUAGAUUCCUUUUACCCAAAGAAGAAAUACAGUCUACUGCCACAGAAGUCUACAACGGAGUUAUGAGGCUCAUGGAUUUUAUAGAUAGAAGAUGUAAAGCUACUGGGUCGAGUAUAAGCCCGAAAUAA